AUGGACCAACACCCAAAACAUUACAUGAUACAACUAAAGCAACAAAAACAUUUCUUUGAACUAACUGAACUCUGCAGUAAAUGGUGCGCGCCGAGAUCGACACCGGAGCUCCUUUUCGGUCUGUUAAAGAGGCCGUCACUCUCUUCGGCGAGAGAAUUUUCCUCGGAGAUAGUUACAUCAACAAGUCCUCAGAGAGAAACGAUGGAGAUUAUGGAGUUAGUAAUGAGGUUACUAGAAGCAAAAGCAUAGAAGCUGAGCUGGAUGAAGCAAAGGAGAGUCUGAAGAAAGCAGAAGAAGAGAACAAGGUUUUGUCUCAGCUUCUCGAGACCCUCGCACAAGAGCUUGAAACCACUAAGGAAAAGCUAAACCAAUCGCUCAGGAACUUCCAAGAACACCCUCAAGUUGAAGAUGACCUUAAAUUCAUAGAGCAAUCCACGGUUGUUGAACCGGAUAACAUAACCGAGAUCAAGAUGAACCGGUUUGAUCAAAACGAAGGGUUUGGAGAUGAUGAUGAUCGUCUGGAGAGGAGGCGUUCAGUGAAGUUUGCGAAUCCACCAUUGUUGACGAAGGUCAUCGAGAGCAAAGAGGAGAAGAAGAGCCAAGCAAUGGUGAAAAAGACGACCAAGAAAAUGAAGCCACUGGUUCCAUUGGCUGCUUGGCUCUUUGCAAGAAACCGGUCUAGUUAACCACUUCUAGCGAUCCUCGUCUCACUUUUACUCAUAUGUGUCUUACUAAUUCACUCCGUA